UCCUCCUCCUCCUCCUCUUCGUCGUACGUUUUUUGCGGGGAUCGGGAGCGUCCGCGCGAAGCACUUUUCUUUCCCCGUCGCGACCCCCCCGGAGAUGGCGGAGCCGGUGGCGCCGGAGCAAGACGAGGAGCGGUUGCUGCUGCCGGAGGCCGGCAACGGCGACCGGUCGUGGCGGCUGAACUUCGACGGGUUCAAGUUCUCGCCGGAGCACGCGCAGAAGAAGCAACCCCGCGGGAUCCAUGAUUGCUGCCUGGGUGUUCUAGGUCCUGAGGAUAAUGUGGCUGAGUACUAUCAGCAACAAGUGGAAAUGCUUGAGGGCUUCAAUGAAAUGGAUGCUUUAACUGAACGUGGUUUUAUUCCUGGAAUGUCAAAGGAAGAACAGGAGAAGUUGGCUAGAAAUGAAACAUUUGCCAUAAGAAUAUCAAAUAUUGCAAACAUGGUUCUUUUUGCAGCGAAAGUAUAUGCUUCCAUUAGAAGUGGAUCGUUGGCCAUCAUAGCCUCCACAUUGGACUCCCUUCUCGAUCUGUUGUCAGGCUUCAUCCUGUGGUUUACUGCAUUCUCUAUGCAAACGCCAAAUCCCUAUCAUUAUCCUAUAGGAAAGAAACGGAUGCAACCAUUGGGAAUCCUUGUGUUUGCCUCUGUGAUGGCCACUCUUGGACUGCAGAUUAUCUUGGAGUCAGUGCAGCAAUUGUUAUCUAAUGAGGCUGAAUUUAAUUUAACAAAAGAGCAAGAGCAAUGGCUUGUGGGUAUCAUGCUCUCUGUGACUCUGGUCAAAUUCCUUCUAGUCCUUUAUUGCCGGUCAUUCACAAAUGAGAUCGUCAAAGCAUAUGCCCAGGACCACUUUUUUGAUGUCAUAACCAAUGUCAUUGGUCUCGUUGCUGCACUCUUGGCUAAUUAUUUUGAUGGUUGGAUGGAUCCUGUCGGAGCUAUUAUUCUUGCGCUCUAUACCAUCCGGACAUGGUCAAUGACAGUCCUGGAAAACGUGAACUCCCUUGUAGGGAGAUCUGCAGCUCCAGAAUACCUGCAGAAACUCACGUACCUCUGUUGGAAUCAUCACAAGGCGAUAAGGCACAUCGACACUGUCCGAGCCUACACCUUUGGAUCCCACUACUUUGUCGAGGUGGACAUCGUCCUGCCGGCUGAUAUGCCUCUGCAGGAGGCGCAUGACAUCGGCGAGUCCUUGCAGGAGAAGCUCGAGCUCCUGCCAGAAAUCGAGCGCGCCUUUGUUCAUCUCGACUACGAGUAUUCGCACAAGCCAGAGCAUGCUCAAGCGCAUUCGUAGUGGUAAUGCUUACAUUAUGUUUCCAGGCCCACUUCUCAAGCAACUGUGUAUUGUAUAAUUGUACGGGAAUUGGAAUGUGCUAUGUGGCUGCAGCUUUUGUAGCUUUAAAAUGUAAAAAUACUUCAAAUCGAGCCUACUGCAUUUCCCAAA